CGCACGCCUGCAUGCUGAGCUGACACGGUUGCUGGUUUCAUAGAGAAAGAUCACAAGGACAUUUCCUUCUACGGUUUGAUUGUGAUAUUUCGUUGCUUUGAAGGGCGAGAGAGACCUAACUUUUAUUCAUCACCAUGAGCUGUCCUUAUGAUCGAAGCAUGUAAGUGUUUUAGUGUGUUAGAAUUUAUAAUGCUCUCUUAUAUAAACUAUCAAGAUUUACCAAGAUUGCAUGCAGACUGCGAACAACAUUAUCAAAAUCCGAAAUAGGAUUAAAAGUAGUAGAUUAUAGCUGAUUGUUUUUGUUCUUUUGCCCUUUCUUUGCAUAUUGACAAUGACCUGUAGUCGAUUUGACCCUUCACUCGCAGGCUGCGUUUUUAUAAUAUCAAAUUGAACUGUUGGAAUUAUGUUGUUUACCUCGCAGCGAUGACGAAACGAGCGCCCCGUUCGCAAAAGAUGGCGAUGAUGGCCGAUUAUGCUAUGGCGAUUAUCUUCAGGUUUGAGCUUCUACCAGUAGUUUUUACGAAGUAAAACAAUCUUUUGAUCUGCUGGGACAUUUAUAACCGUAAUUUCUGUAGUUUUCUUCAGUUUUUUGUUAAUCCCAUGUCUCUGUUAGGUUAUUUAAUAUUAACUUAUGCAAACUUGAACGCCACAACCCAGUUCAAGGUGUUUGAUAUUUGUAAAUUGUUUGUUCGUAUUUGCGAUUCCUUUUCACUGGAAAUGGAAAAUAAAUGUGCGCUGAUUCAUAAUGUUUUAACACCUGCCGAUUAACCCGUUAAUACGGCCGUGCAGCGGAGUGAUCGUAUAUCCUGUUUGGAGCAUAUUUCUUUGGUACGUUCUUUUCGCUUAAUAUUGAAGGGGUACUAUCGCACCGCUGAAUUUGCAAAGAAAAUGGCUAUGCAAAAUCUGACAUGUCACAGACACUCUCAUAAAAAAAAGUAAAUCAUUAGUUUUUCUCAAGAUUGAUACUUAUUUUUUUUAUUUGAAUUUUUAUGAAUAGACUACCUACGUAUUUUGAUAUAUUUAAAUCCAAACUUGCGGUUGAGGCUUGGGCUAAUUAAGAAAAGAAAUCGCCUUAAAGGUUCUUGUAUGAAUAAUACAUAUCUUUUGUUUUGUUCCCAAACCUCGGGUCUAACUAGGUGACCACAUCAACAGCUUUCCUAUAAGAAAAUGUUUGGACAAAUCAAUAUUUAUUAGGUAUUGUAAACAAGGUGUCAAAUUGCAUAUUGCUCCACAAACCCGGUUUGGGGCAGGAGGGGGCGGGGGAGGGUGGGGUGAGAGGGGGCUGCUCUCUUAUUUGGCCCCAACGGGAAUGUGCUGCUGCACAGGGUAUGAUUUUCAGGGUCUUGGGUCUGAAACAGGGUAUACAAUUUUUCUAUUUAAUGUCUUGAAAUGAGUGUCUGUUUGGACCAAAAGCUUUUAAAAGAGUGGGAAGGCUGACAAUGAGCAAUGAGCAGUCCCUCUUAUUUAGCCCAGUGGGAAUGUGCUGCUGCACAGGGUGUGAUUUUCAGCCCAGGGAUACAAUUUCACUUUCUGACAUCUUGAAAUGGGUGGGUUUUUUUGCACCGGGAGUGAUCCAAAAGGUUGACAAUGAGCGGUCUACAUGUGUGUACCAUCAAUUUUCACAAAAAAUUUUAAUACAUGAUGUAAGUUUGAAAUGUUUUCUAUAAAAUGUUGUUUGCAAAAAAAAAUAUAUCAGGGUCAUAAAAUAUGGUCCUCUCUUUAAAAGGGUAGCAAAAAGAACUAUUUUUGUCAGGGUCAGGGUAUAGAGACCUCAGUUGCUCAACUCUACCCAAACCCCUUGAGUGCCUUCCUCUGUCUGCCAAUAAGAUACGCGGGGAGAUAAAAGUGAUAAUAUCAUGCAUACUGUAAAUGAUCGAUUAAGCGCCACCAGGCUUAUUUCAUUUUCCCUGUUAAAGGUGCAGCACUUACUGGAGAGCUGCGCUACUCGUAAAACACUGAGGGGAAUAUAGAGAGAAUUAAGUGAGGUGCGUACUAGGUAUGCAAUAUUUAAUACAAAAUUAUUUUGAAUGAAAUACAAGAGGUAUCAUGAAUGCAGGCUCUCAGUCUCUGUGAAAAUACUUCUGCUCAAAUACAACUGCGAAGCUUAUUCAAGAGUGGCGCUUAUUAAUAUUUUUGGUAGGGGUGUGGUGCUUAUCGAGAUCGAGUAGCGGUUCUUAAUCGAUCAUUUAUGAUAACAAAAUUAAUGUUGUGUAAAGUCACAAAAAUGUCAAGGCAACAUUUUGUAUUUUAUAUCCCAGUGACAGGGAGGCAUCAAUGUUACUUAUAUUGUAGUUGUCAAGGGCUGCCAUCAAAAGGGGAUUUGUCCAUUUUCUGGCAGCAGAUAACUAAAUAAACAAAAUAUAACUGUUUCCUUGUAGAUAAUGAGAAGACAGGUAGUGAGAACAAUUAAUCAUAGCUAUGAAAUAUUACGGAAAUUACCACCCCAUAUGACAUUUAUUUUAUCCUAAAAGAGAGCAUAUGCAUGAUUUUAUUGUACUCCAUUUACCACCUUAUUUGUAAACAGAGAAUAUUUUUUUAUUUGCUUGUAGCCAAGAAAACAUUUAAAUAAUAUCUUUUUGUGUUUGUUCAAUAUUAUUUUUGAGGUAUUUGUCUUAUAUUCCCUGUUAGAAGAGGUGGCGCUUCUGAUCUGAUCUGCUGGAUUCCAGUAUCAUAGAAUUUAAGAGCUUCAAUGAUAUAUUAUGUUGGGUAGCAUAUGUUUAUAAAAGCAAUUAUUGUUUUGAAAGGUUUCUAAAUCCUUUGUUCUAGUGAUUUAAUUUGAGUAAAAUCUGAAUUUGGUAAUUUUCCAUAAAUGCUGCUUUGGGACUAGUCUAGAUAGGAGACAACUGAUACGUCAUGUACAUCUUAAUGAUUCUAAGUGUUUGAGCCACGUUGACAGACAAGCUGUUCUGUUCCCUCUUGAAAGUUUUUCAACCUUGUUGACAGGCGAUGCUUUUUGAUAGCAAUACUGUGAAUUAAAAAAGAAAGCUUAGAUUGCAAGAAAAUAGCCUCCUAAGCAGUUGUUCAUUGUCCCUAACAUUACUAAAAACAAGUUUGAAAUGCAGCACCCUUUAGCUUCGAGAUCAGAGCAUCACUAAAAGUCAAGUUUCUCUAGUCUUGUUUAGUUAACUAGAAGCUGGCCAAUAUGUUUUGUGAUCUAAAACAGCUUUCUCUGGUGACAGUCCAUCAAGCCGGUUCUUUAGAUUCAGAUAAUCAUUACAAUCAAUUUCAGCAAAUGAUUUGCUGUCUAACAAUGGUAAUGUAACUGGUGAGCUUUCAACAAUAGUUUUCUGUUCAUUACUUAGGAUUUUGCUGUUAUCAGCAAAAAUUUCAAUCUUGCGACUGUUCAUGUUUUGCAAAGACUCUUUUCUUGCUUUGGAGUACUUCCUUUUUACCUGUGAAGAUAAUGACGACAGUUUUUCUCUCUUAUUGUCUGCUCGACGCUCUUGCCUGAUCUCUUGUACUCUCUUUAUGAUGCUAAACUUACUUUGAGCAUCUAAAGAUGGAAGUGAAGGUAAAUGACCCCGUAUUUUUUUUCCCGGAAAUUCAGCACUACUGUCAUUUUUGUCUUGAUCAUGCCCACCUUCAAGAAUUGCUGGUAAAGAAACCCUCUUCUCGGAAGCUUCCACCGAACUCAACUUGCUACCACUGGAGAAAAGUCCAGAAAAUAGUCCAUCAAUACUAGCAUUGUCAAAGCUAGAGUAGUCAUUCAUUCCACUGGAAUCAGCAUUCUGUUCAAAGCUGUAUGAAUUACUGCUGUGAUCAAAGUUAAAGCUUGAGGUGUGUGCCUUAUCGCUCUCUGGUAAUUGUGUCAUAUUAGCAUCUGAUGUUUUAUCAUGUUUGAUUUUCUUGACUUUACAAUGUUUUUCAGUGGAAGUCGUAUUUUCUAGAUCAUCCUUGCAUUUCUUCAACGGCUUCGUAGCUCUCUUUUUCAAUUCUCUUUCUCUUAUCUUGCACACAGUUUCAUGGCACUUCUCUACUCGUAUUUUCUCUGCAAACUCAUAAGCACUGUCUGAAUCUUGUAAAAUGUUUUUAGUAACUUUUAAGAUCCUCAUUGUAUUCCUCAGAGUCUGUUGUACCUCUACAUUCUGCAAGAGCUCCACACGGUUCAGCCUCUCAAGCCAUUUACUGCGGUAGUUGGAUUUUAAUGCCUUGUGACCCUGUGUCACUGACCCAAGACUGGACGCCCAUGACCUUACAAGAUAGUUAGGGUAUUUGCCUCCACUCGAGAAUUUUUGAAGCUCUGGGGUUGAUGGAAUGUCCCUCAUGAUUUAAAUGUACAGUUAAAAGCACUGGACAGUAUACUCUGAAGCGUUCUUUCUUGUUAUAGAACUCAUGAUCACCUGUAGCUUUUGCAUGAUGUGUCCAUGAUAGGACUGUAAACAAAGUGUCUGGCAGUGAAAAUGCUUUGAAAUUAUUGUACAUACAGUGUAUCUUGUCCUUUCUUUUCUUAGUUGUUAAGAGAUUUCUUGACUUGAUAUUGCAAGCUAAUAAGCAUAGCAAUUAAGAAUUGUCCUGUACAGUAAUAUUAUUGUAAGUUCAGAUUCUGAAUUUUUUCAUCAUUCAACUUUCAAGUGGUUUUUGUGACAUCCUGUUUGCCAAAAUUAAAUACACUCAAUAGUAAUAUCUGAGUCAACAAAGCCAGAUACCAAGGUGACUUUAUAAUCAACAUCCUAAUUAUUCAUAAUCAGCCACAUAGUUUGAUUCUCUGGGGAUAUGUAUUGUAUAGAUAAUGUAAAGGGAACCUGAUAAAGGGAUUAAGAUCAUUGUCCUGUUGUAUUUACAGUUAGCACAUUAAAAAAUAAAUUUUUGAAGCAGAAUCACCCUUUGUACUUUUUUUAUCAAAUAUUAUUUUGUUUGUUGGUUGACAAACAGAAGUGAGAAAUAGGAAGAAAAACGGUUAACGUAUUUGUUUGUCGUAUUUUCAAGUAGGUUCACAUCAAAGACAAUGAAGUUAAUAAUGUCCUAAGUAAAUAGCUUUUUCAAGGUCAUUAAUAGUUUUAUUUUAAUUGUAUUUUUUUUUGCAAAAACCAGCGUCAUUUAAGUCACUGGUCAGUGGUCUAUUACAAAUCAACUAGUUGUAUAUGUAGAUUUUCACUUACAGAUCAAAGGUGCAAUACAUACUUUAUUUGUCAUGUAGGUCAAUAAAAUAGGCAGCUAGAUAGCUGACGUUGAUUCAAUUUAUUAAUGAACCUAAUUCUUGAAAAGGGAAAGCUUCUGUUAUUUAAUUAGUUUCUGCAUCAGUGAGCAAUUCUUGCACGUAAAUGAGAGUAUUAUGCAGCUUAACCAACAAAAUAUUGAAAUGCUCCUUAUACCUGUUAAGUAUAGUAAAACUUUUGGACAAAAUAAUUAACAUUUGAUUUUAUGGCUUGCGUUCUUCAGAUCUGUCAAUCUCAUUAGGUUGUGCAGGGCUUUAAAAAAGUCCUAUCCAGCAGUCUGGGACAAGAAGUAGAUUUUCUUUCCGGGCAAGUGACUUAAAGCCCCCUUGCCUUUUUAACAAUAAAUAAUUGCCACAAAAAUAAAUGAAUGCCACUUAAACAAUAAAUGAUAUAUUACUGUGGAAAAUGUUUUUACUAUAAUGAGGUUUUGUUAUUUUUAGGGCCUUUUUCAUAUAUUUUACUAUUGCUGGGGUAAAGAAAAUUGUUUGUUAUACCAGCGGGGGGGGGCUUCGUUAUAUGCAGGUUUGUUAUACAGUCAACUCUCUCUUAACGGACACCUCUAUAAGACGGACACCUCUGUAAGACGGACACCUAGAGUUGCUCCCUCUAUUUGACUCUCCAUAAGGCAGACAUCUCUCUAAGACGGACACUUAGUGCCGGUCCCAAAGGUGUCCGUCUUAGAGAGAGUUGACUGUAGUGAGGUUCUGCUGUAUGUAUUAUUAUAAUUAUUAUUAUAAUCCUCUAAGUCUAUGUUGAAGAAAUGUGACAAAACUGUGAAAUUAUCUCUUGCAGCUAGACAAGCUUCUUGAUUGCCAGAAGUCAGCUGGUGCAUUAACUGUUCAUGAUGAACUGCUUUUCAUCACUGUCCAUCAAGGUGCAGUACUAAACUAGCUUAUCUCUAGUUCAAAUAAUUGCUCUAGACAUCAAAGAAAUGGGGGAAUUUUGAAGGUGCUGGCAAGUUAAAAAGCCAGCUUGACGGAUGAAAAAAAAAAAUGCCUGCUCAGCUUUAAUAGCUAUACGUCCCUGAAUUAGAAAUGACUUGAAUGCAUAAUCACUUAGAGAACUUAGAAAAAAACUUGCCCUGUUGAACUAACUGUAAAACAGCCUAAGCCGUUUUUUUAAAAAAAGCAUUAUAAAUCUAGUUUGUACAGUACCUCUGUUUCGCUGUUAAGCUGGUCCCUGAAAGAAAUUUGUAGUGACAGUCUUUUCAGCUAUACUGUACUGUGAGAAUUCAAAAUUUUACUCGCCUCCUGAUAAUUCAAACCAUGCAAUUUCCUUUUCCCUUUGUGGUUCAAAACCAGGAUUCCACUAUACACCUGAUGCCACUGACAAUUCUUACACCUGCCUUCGGGCAGUUAUAAUGAAAUCUGCACAGGCCUACUACCUUUCAAUGAAAAAUUCUCUCAAUGAUGCUUUCUGAUCCUGCUCUUUUUAGUGUCAAGUAACUGUAUUUUUAAGGUUUAUUGUCUCUUUGUUGUUGUCCCAUCUAGCCUACGAAUUAUGGUUCAAGCAGAUUCUUCAUGAGUUGGACUCAAUUCGAGAAAUCUUUACCCUUGAGAAACUGGUAAGAAAAUAAUCCAAUGGAGUACAUUGGCAAAAUGAAAUCACUUCUUCAAAACUUAUGAAAAAAAUAAAUAAAUAAAGGAAUUACUAAUAAGGAUAAGAUAACAAAGAAUUAUAUUUGUGCAUAAUUAAUCAAAUGUGGACAAAAACAGCAAUCUUUAUCUGUCUUAAAACAUAACGAUAAAAACUUGUUUUGUAAGUCUCAGUUGGUUGAAACUCAAAAGAUCAUGAAUGAAGUAGCAAUUAAAACAGGUUUUUGUUAUAUGAAGUCUUAACGUCUCCUUACGGACGCCUCUGUAAUAUGGACACCUCUCUAUUAUGGACAGAUCGUUUGGUCCCAGAAAUGCCAAAAAUCAUACAUUCCCUACCUCUAUAAUACGGAUACCUCUGUUAAGCAGACACUUGGUUCUGUCCCUUUGGUGUCCAUAUUAGAGAGGUUUGACUUUAUCUUCAAUAUUUAAGAAAGCGAAGGGUUAGGGGAUCCAGCUAUUGAGUUUAGCCCCAUAUUUUAGAAGGGGGGGGGGGUGCUUUGCUAUUUUGGCUGAGGGGGUGGGGAAAUAAGAGCAUGUGUGCUUUUGUCUGUAGCGUGCGUAGCAGGUGCUUGGAAGUGGUGGGCACAAGAAAACCGGGUGCGCGAGAAGGAGACACAUGUGUCUCCCUCGCGCGCUUGGGUUCUCUUUUUCGCCCACUACUUGCAAGCACCUGCUACGCAGGCUAUUUUGUUUGAAGAAUACAUACUCCAUAAAAUUAUCAUUUCAUUCACCUAUUUGAUGACGAUCCUUUUUUUCAGUGAUCUAACAGGCGAUGGUUUGUCACACAAGUAAAAACUAAAACUUGAUAAUUUGAGCCCAUAUUUCUUUACUAGUGCAUGCAAACAGGAGCAAAUUGUUUAUUAUUAUUUUGUGGAAAAAAACUGACAUGUUAGCUUUCAAUGUUUUUCUGAUAGGGUAUGGAUGAAAGGCAAAUGCUUGUUUUAUGUUCGAGACUUAACCGCAUUGUACAGAUUCUUAAAGUAAGUUGUUUUACUGGUAUUUGUGUUGCUUGGUGGUAUACAUGCUUUGAACUGACAGUUUCGUUGUCUUGUUGUGAAUGGUGCAGCCACAAAGUGAUAUAAAAGAAAAAGGUGAAAUCCUGGAGGUGGCACUCGGCAAGGGUAUCAAAGUUUAGUCGAAGGUUUGCCACCAAGGCUUUUCAGCCCUGACCGUUCUUUAGUAGCCUGCAAGCUAGCUCUCCUAUUUGGGCGAGCGAAGCAAGCCUCGCGAGAACGCGCGAGCGAGGGGACUUCGCCGCGCGCUAAUUAAGGGGACGACACUCGUUCAUUUCAUUACCCUGUGUAAGAUAAGGAACCUUCUUUCAUAAUCCUGAUACUUUUCGUUUUGCAUACAAAAUUAACUAAUUUAUCAAAACUAGCAUCAUGAAAUAAAUAUUUUUGUGGAACAAAAUUUGUUUUAAGUUCACACAUGUGGAUCGCUCAUCAGCAAACUCCACACUCGUUUUUAUAAAGGCUGAUCCGGUCUAAAAAGACACCCUGGUCAAGAAGUUGUACAGCCUGUUUAAGACAUAAGACCCUGAAAAGGGUAUUCUGUUCAGCUGCACAUACUCUAUUUUUACUCGAAAUCUUCAGUUUAAGAAAGAAAUGAACUCAUGGAACUUUAAACUUGCGAAAUCUUCGGAAAGUCUUUGGAAAUGUUUGCAUAUCUUUUGGAUAUGAUCAGGCCCUCUCUGGUGCUGUGUGGAUAAAAAUUCCUUGCGUUACACCUGACUCCCCAAAAGUUUUCGGUAUCAUGUACUUUUUGGACCAGUUUUGAUUAUUUAUAAUACUAUAGCCACUAUUAAAUUUUGUUGACAUCAUAGCUGCUGCGAGAUCAAAUCAUGAUUCUGGAAACAAUGACCCCACUGGAUUUUAUGGAUUUCAGGUUAGUUAGUAAAUACCUAAUUACUGGUCGCAAAACAUGGAUAUAAGAAAACAAAACUAUUUCUGAGAAAGUGUUAUUUUAAUGCUUGGUGGUUGACCAGGACAGAAUAUACGUCUAGUCUUAAGUAGUGAUGUUAGAGGGAAUUUACAUACAAAGUUUUGUUUUUUAUACGCAAAAACUGUCAACUUAACAUGAACAAUUAAACUGAAAAAAGUAGAGAAAGAGAAGGACCAAACUUUUUAGGCCUUAAAAUUUUCGUAGCUUACCGUAUUUAUUCGAAUAAGCGCCCAACCUCGAAUUAGCGCCAACCUCGAAUAAGCGCCCAUUCUAAAGGCAGAAAAAGUUAAUAAGCGCCCAGCCUCGAAUAAGCGCCCACCCCCUCCUCCUCCCAAUCAAACUCAAAUAAGCGCUCACCCCACCCCACCCACUUAAGUGAAUAAGUUCCAAUAAGAGACUUCCCCGAGGACGGAGUUUUCUUCAGAGUAUUUUGCAGAAACCUUGCUUUGUUACUUCUUCGCGUUUUGUUAUUAGCAUUUAUUGUUUUGUUGCAAAAUAAACAUACUUCACUUGCUGAAGAUGGUGAAAAUUUAAUAAGAGCCCAGCCUCGAAUAAGCGCCCACCUCAAAUAAGCGCCCACUCUCAAGGUCCAAAAAUUUAAUAAGCGCCCAGGGCGGUUAAUCGAAUAAAUACGGUAGUCCUGGGAUGUGCAUUUAUGCACCAACUUUGAAUAACUUUGAAUUACAUUCCUGGUAGUUGGUCUUCGAAAAUUCAAUGCGGUGCUUGAAAAUCCUUGAAAAUUGGUCGCAUUUUCUGUACAAACGUUGAAAAAUUUAACGAGGCUUUUGUUCAUCAUUGCAGAGAUAACCUGGCCCCAGCUUCUGGAUUCCAAAGUCUUCAGUUCAGACUUAUUGAGAAUAAAUUAGGGAUUAAUAAGGUAUGAAUCGAAAAUAUUCCGCACGUUAUAAUUUUCAAGCGACAAAAUCAAUCGCAUAUUUUAUUCUGUAAAAUUGUCAUGGCGUUUGUUUUGUUUUCAUUGCAGUCUCAAAGAACUCGCUACAAUCGUCAAGAUUACAGGUCAGCUGGAAUCAAAUUUGACAUUUGAUUGAGUAAAUACAGUGUCAAAACCACCCUGAAAAAGGACCUUGAGAAACCACUCCCGCAUGUCUCUGAGAUUUCCUCCUUUUUCGACUCUCCCCCCUCCCCUCAUGAUAGUUUCGUUGCCCUCCCGUAGUUUUCCUUGGCGGUUAUCGUUUUGUUUAGAAAUUUUGCGAUGAUGUCGCUGAGUUUCUUAUUAUUUUCUGUAAUUUACUUUUCUAGUAAAGCAUUCAAAUCGUGUGAGAGACAAAGCCUGGACCAUUCGGAAAGUACAGCGUCAUUGCUAGAGCUUGUCCAGGUAUGUUUAUGAUGUCUACAAGCAGCAAAAUAUCCUAUUUAGACUUAAAGGAAAAUCUGAAACACCAUAAACCGUCCGUGAGCAACUUCGACGUGCAGAAAAGUGGAACAUUAAUUUGUCAGUCAAAGGCAAAUUUUUAAGUUGUUGUAGUGUUAGAGACCACAUUCAAAUUCAAAAAGCCCGCAAAAAAAGCUUUGUCGACGUGCGUUCAACUUAUCCAUUAAAUGUCAUGUGAGAAAAUUCACUUUGUAGUUGUGCUGGCGAAAAAAUGUACUAACAAGUGCUAUACACGUGUAGAGUUGUUGUUUUGUUCAUAUAUAUAUUUUUUAAAGUUUUGAUACCUACUGAGUACAACCCGCUGAAAGCAGCUGAAAGCCAUGAAAGCCAUGUCGUGAACUUUCUUACGUAAAUGAGUUCUAGCCAAUCAGAGACGCGAACGGUAUUUUCACAUGUUAGGAAAAUAGUUUGUCCAAUCAGAAGCGUAAACGACGUCAGAAAAAUCAGUCGUUCAGUUAGAAUUCAUAGCGUUGCACAAGUUUCGCGCCGAGUUUUCUUCCUUUAGGUGGUAGUGCUCUCGCUUCGCCAAUUGCGGUCAUGGACAUGAAUUGUCGUGUCUAAAAGUGUUUUCUUGUUUAAAAGUGACAAAAGUCAGAGUGAUGGAAUGGAAUAGCUUUUUAUAUUUCAUUGUCACAACAGAAGAUGCAGAGAACCAGAUAAAGUCAAAGUUGUUUGGCAUACGUUCUAAACUUCCUUUUUCUAUAGGGAUGGUUGGAACGGACUCCUGGACUCGAGAAAGAUGGAUUUGACUUUUGGGGCAAAUACAAACGAAGUGUCAAAGACAUGCUGGAUUCUAUAAGGGAGGAGGCUGAGGUAGGACAGGUCUUGUUUAGAAACCUUUUCAAAAAAACGCCACACGAGACUACACACUAGGACAACACUAAUAUCUGUUAGCUUUGUCAGUAUCACCACUACAACUAUGUUCUGUGUGAGACUAAUGUUUUUUAAGUUGUGAUCACAUUUCGUUUAACAGGUCGAAGAAAACGAAGAAGUUCGGGCGAAUUUGUUAAAAGAUGUCAAGAAACAACAGGUGAAUAUUUACCACUACCGAGGUAGUCAGCUUUGGAUUCAGAAUGGUAAACAUUAUACCCCCUCUAGUGCGUAUGAAGUCAGGGCAAGGGAAGCGUGAAUCUGUGAAUGCUUGUUGGUGGAGUCACGUGCCCUUGUUGCAUGUUGCACGAGAUUCAAGCUCCACGAUGUAGCAUGUUUCAGUUAUACUGCAGAUAUCUAAGACCCUAUAUCCACAAUACUGCUGGUAAGGAAACGCAAUUGUAUGAAAUGUAGCAAGUGCAAAACAUGAUGUGACAGUAAAUUACGGUGAGGUGGUGCUCAUAACUGUUUUCAGUGUCAGUUACAACCAAACUUUCAACUAUUGCCUGCGUGGUUUUCCUUUCGUUGUAGCCAGUGUAUUUCCGCUAGUGUAUUUUCGUUUCAUCAACCCGAAAUACGUCUUUGUUCGCAGACUAGUUGGGGUAUUGUUCGGCUAUGUAGUGACUAUUGGCCAUUUUGAAGUCUUGCCAGAGAUUGGGUCGGUGUUGUAUCGAAUUGCACCAUGGGACUUACGGGACGCUAUCCCUUCUUCCAGUGGCUGUUACGAUGUUAAAAGUGCGAGGAAAAGUGGGUCCAUAUCCUGCCCCCUAAUAGCCUGCGUAGCAGACGCUUGGAAGUAGUAUGAAGUAGUGGCGCGCGAGAAGGAGACACCCCUUGCGUGUCUCCCUCGCGCGCGCCCGUUCUCUCUUUCGCCCGCUACUUCCAAGCGCCUGCUACGCAGGCUAGCCCCCUAAGCAAUCCUAUAGUGCAAUUUGACAUAACAGCGACAUAGUCUCCCCCUCUUUCUCACACUGGCCAAUCUCUUUUGAACUUGUUCAUCACAUGGGACAGGGGGAAAUAAAAAAAAAAACAAAACAAAGAAAAACAACAACAGCAACAACAACAACAACAAAACAUGUAUUUAACUCUUAUGCAACUCUGGAGCUUCCCAUCGAUUGAAAAGUAAUGAGCCCUAGUGCUUGCAAAGUGAUCAGAGAAAGAAGGUCUUUUUUCUGUUGACAGUGUACGUUUUAUUAUAAUACUGUUUAUUUUCAGGAUACCUUUGACUCGAUUUUCAAUGAAGAGAGACAUAACCAGCUUGUUGCUAGAGGUAAUGUUGUGUGAAUGGAAUGCAGUAAAAAGCUGCACACCUCACAAUCUAUAUGUUCCCAAUUUUCUCCAAUGCAAAACACCUGGUAUUUUUUUGCGAGAGCAGUUAAGUAAAGGUGGUCAGAGCAGGAUUUGUACCCACGGAGACCUAGUUGAAUAAACACCACAGUGCCCCCUCCACUCCUACCCCAUUCCUUUCGAACGCCUGCCACGCAGGCUCAUUGAUAAGGAUCCUUUAAUCCAGUGAAUCCCAAAGCGAACACCAGUAAGCCAGCGCGAAGGAAGAGAAAACGCAUUAAGAACUAGAAAACCUCACUUUAACAUACAAUCCUAACCUUCUCUUUGAUUUUAAGGUGAAAGAAGGUUCUCUCACAAAGCUAUGCAAGGAGCGUUGAUGAUCUAUUUUUACCGGUAAGAAACUUCUGUUUGAUUAACAGAAACAGGCUAUAAUUCAACGUUAAAAAAGCACCUCUCUCUGAUGAUGCUGCUUUGCUCUAUACAUUGCAGUGCUCUCGCUCCAGCCGAGAAACACAGGGAAAGUAUCGUGUUGUUGCUGAUCCAAGGACAACUGACUUUAUAUCCUGAUGUACUUCCCCUUUUCGUUCGUGGCGUUGAUGUCAAGCAUUGCCGCACAUUGGGCAAUAAAAAGAGCCAUAAUGGUCCCAUUUUGGCUCUUGGCAAUGACUUCAAGCCGUUGACCAUGUAUACGUACAACAAACCCGCUCUAAUGUAUUAAAAAAGAACAGGGGGCGGGGUGUAGUCCACAUUUUCUGGGUUACUUUAGAGGCACAUCUUGAAGGGAGGCCCCGAGGGGCGGCGGGUUCCACCUUAUUUUUUGGCCGAAACAAGCCCGAGGGGCCACAAAAAUUAUUUUUGAAGCCGGGUCCCUUCUUACUGAAUAGGAUCUGAACGAUCGGGUCCCCCACUUACUUGGAGUCAAUGUGCGUAGCGGAAGGUGCCUUACACUUAGCCUGCGAACGCGACGUAUUUCCGGUUGUCGCUUCUCUUCAGGUGGAGCGACAACGGAAAUGGGGCCCACAGUAAUUGAUCUUAACUGUUGUGGCUUCCGGAGAAAAAUAACUCACAUUUUUACCCUUGUGUCUGUUUUUCCACCAGUGACGAGCCGCGAUGCCAUCAGCCUUUUCAAAUCCUUCAGUUACUCAUGGAUAUCGACUCUCUGGUGAUGAAGUGGCGGUGUAAGUAUAGUCUACGAUGAUGCAAGUACACAGGAACAAAUAUCCCUCUAGUCAUAGGUCCUCAAAGAUCUGUAACAGCUCAGUAGACGAAGAGAAGAGAAUAUCUAGUAAAUAAUAGGGAGCUUAAGCAACAACGUUUUUGAGCGACGCACGUCAACCGGAAGUGGCCUUUUUUCAUUUUUGACGGUGGUUUCGCGCAAAUUUUCAGUCAAAUCGCCUCUAUAACAGUAAAGAAGCUAAAUGAAUACAAAUUUUAUAUCAUCAAGGCAUGUUAAGAGGGAAAAUACCUCACUUCCGGUUGACGUGCGUCGCUCAAAAACGUCGCUGCUUAAGCUCCCUAUUAUGCUGUCAGUGGUGUCUUCAAAAGUUCGAGCAAAUUCAGGAGAAAGUAAUGAUUGUUUUCUUCAAAUAUUUAAUAAAUGCGUAGAACGAGUAAGACGAUGUUGACAAACUGUCGCUCUGCAUGUGAUUGGUGUCCUCAUUUAGCUUAGCCUCCCACGCAGACGUUCUUAGGGGUUCGUCACGCGUUCCUGGGUAACUAGGAACGCGUGACAACGUCUACUUUUAGCUAUAAAUAUUCGCCCCACUGUUAAAUCACCUGCAUAACUCGUUGGUCAUUUUCUCUGUUUGACAGACAACCAUUUGAUGAUGGCGCAGCGAAUGAUUGGUUGUAAAAUAGGAACUGGAGGUACAUCUGGAUAUCAGUAUCUCAGGUCCACGGUCAGGUGGGUCAACUAACAGGUUUUAGGUCAUACAAAGAACAGUGCCCCUGAUGAGUAUGGCCCGGAAAGGCCCGGAGGCUACUGUCCAUUAUAAGAUUGCGCAAAAAACUAUGUCAGUGUUGUGUCCGAAUUGCCUUAUGGGACUGUCUAGGGACGCUAUCUUUUCUUUCAUUGGCUGUUUCAAAGUUUAGCGGGAACCUUUGUCAAAAUUCUUUCCAGAAACUGUCCCAAAGUGCAAUUCGACACAACACUGACCCAGUCUCAAGAGCAACCUGCAAUGAUGUCCAAUAUAGUUGGCCGUUGCACAGGACACCUAUCAUGGUAAAUGAACGUUGUUUUCGCGGUGGCACGUGUACUCUAGCAGCCUUGCGUUUUCCGUUCAGAUUAGGGACUUAAAGAUCCAACGACGUGGACGACAACGAGAAUGUCAAAAAAACAAUUGGUUUAAUUAGUAAAACAACAACUUCGCACAUGCAUCACACUUUUUUGUACAUUUCUUUCCCGUUUUUGCACGACUACGACGUAAAAAUGCCUAAUUUCGCGUUUUAUGGAGGACGUAAACAAGCAACGACGAAAUUGCAUUUCUCUUUCUGAGCUUGAAUAUGGUCCCUUGAAAUUCAGCUUCAGGAGGGUUCGCCUAUAAUUGACAAAGUAAGUGGGUAGGAAUAAUCGCUAUAAAGACUGAAAGAACGCAAAUUCAGUUUUUAAGCGACGUUCUUGUCGCCGUUGCGUCGUUGGAUCUUAAAGUCCCUAUUAGUGUCGUCAGAAGACAUUUCGUCCGAUUUUGAACUUUACCAUAGUAUUACUUGGAUUAGCAUGGACAGCAAAGUUUUACUUGUUCGGCGUCUGAAAUUUACCUGCAAUAAUGUGGACGGGGACUUCAUAUCGGUUUAUUAAAUUGCUAUUUUACCUACACUUUUCUUUCUGUAGUGAUAGGUAUAAGGUGUUCGUCGACUUGUUUAACCUGUCCAACUACCUUAUACCACGUGACCGUAUUCCGCCACUCAGUUCGUCCAUGAAGAUGCGCCUGCGUACUGCGUUGGUGGAUGGCCGACUGCGUGACAGUGACAGUGCACUGUGCAGCGAUAGCAGUGAAGAUGAUCAAGAGUCAGCGGUUACCUCCAAGAUCAAAGAUGUUGCCAUAACGACUGCAGCAACUGCUGACACCAACUGAUCAAGAAAGAGUCCAUUUUGAUAAGUAGUUUAAUGGGGAGAGGAACGAGGUUUUUAUUUCAGACUAUUUCCACUAUAACAGUCCCUUCCAUAGUUUAUUUCAAUAUUUGAUCUAGACCAGUUAGUGAAUAUGCAUUUACACUGCUGGAAAUAACGCCUUAAAAUUUGCAAACUUACCAAGUUGAAACGUGAUACCUUAUAAGCGAGCGAAGAUCUUGCUGCACAAAGUCGGCGCGAAAUUUUCCUGACGUUUGUAUGGUGGAGGAGGGGGGGCACAAAUUUGCCCCCUUCUUACAAACGUGACUUUGCAGAGCUAUAUCAUCGUCAAAUCACGUUCAAACUUAGCAUCUUUACUAAUUGUGGGGGGAGGGGGUGCGUUUUAGACGUGUUGAUGGAUUUUCGCCAGUCAAAAGUUGAAAAAGCCGUGGAAGAGUCUAUUUGAUCAUAACCUUUUGGUAUUCAGUACCAAACAAUUAACGGGAUCAAACGUCAAAAACGUUUGCCCUUAUGAUUUUGUAACAGAAGAAUUGCUUCAUGGCUGGACUGGUAGAUUUUUAUGAAAUUAACCAUAUUACUCUGCGGUCAAGUCGGGUCUAGUCGCGUUUUCUUCCCGACAACGUUAAUUGAAAUAGCUUUAUACAGUUGGUUUGACUUCAUUUCCCUUCUCUACAGGGUUUAAAAAUGCAAUGUUUGAAUACCUUUUCUAGGAUCUAAAUUAGCACGAGAAUACUUGUAUAAUACGUUAACUCGUUUUCAUUACAUAUCUCUUUGACGUCAGCUGCAACGUUAACUAGUUAGGGAAGUAAAGAUUGGAAAUUUGAUACUCUGAUCUCUGCAUAGGCGUACGGGCCGGGGGGACGAGGGGGGCGGCAGCCCCCCCAAAUUUUGGGCAACUCAGAUUUUUUGGGCAGCGAGAGAAAAAUUUGGGCAAAAUCAGUUUUUUAAGACGUUUCCGUUUUUUUUAAAUCAUUAUUUUGAAGAGAUAAAUAUUUUCUAUUUUAACCUGAAGUUGGCGUAAUAAUCCAGUACUGCUACAUUCACACGAGACAGUGGUUGCCUAGUACGUAAUGAGUUUCUAGUUAUGAGGGAAGGGUAUCAUGUGCUGAUUUUUUUUAUUGCUGGGCACUGUACUGCUGUGGGCUAUUUCCAGUCGUGAAUUGAUUAGAAUAAACUUCCGCCUAACUUUCUAGAAUCAUCUCCGCUCGUAGAACAGUGUAUGGCAGA